CAAUUACAGAGCAGUAGCUCUAUCUCUCUCUCUCUAUCAAAACAGUAAGCAGCAAUAACUCUCUUUCUCUCUCUAACUCACAAAACCUCCCAUUCCCAACCAUCCCCGGAUCUGUCCCUUGUUUAUCCUCUCAUUCUCUCUCUAAACAACAUUCUCUCUCUAAAACAACAUUCUGUUCCAGAAACACUCAGAUCAGAUCCGCCAUUAUGCACAGACCUAAACCCUAGCCUCACCCCCAUGCAAUGAAGCCGUAGCGCACACACACAUACUCUCCGUAGUUUCAUCUCUCUAGAAAUGUCGAGCUCAGACGCUCCCAAGAGGCCAAGGCCUGGUCCAUGGCCUCCAGCUCCUGCCGAUUCUUCAAUGGCUUCCUCCUGGGCUAAGCGCACCGGGUUCAAGAGCAGGCUUUCGGGUGAGACAAACGUCAGUCGUGGAGAUUCAGGCCAAAUUGUUCAGGCUAAGCCUCAAGGACCAGAGGUUCAACCAGAUCUAGAGGCUGGGAAAACCAGGUCGUCCACUUCAACUGUUAAUGGAGUCAAUGAAGGAGGGGACAGAAUCAAGAAGAGUACUCCGGCCAAUGGCCAAAAUGCACAGGCUAGGGUUGAUGUCCAUCCCAAGAGUUCUCGAGAACCAGAGGCCGAUGCCUCUUUUCAAUCGCAAGAUGACGAUGGUUUUGUUCAGAGACCCAAUGCUCAUAUGAAGUAUGAACUCAGGGACACUCCCGGUCUUGUGCCCAUUGUGUUCUAUGGGAUUCAGCACUUUGUUUCAAUGUUGGGUUCGUUGGUGCUCAUUCCUCUAGUCAUUGUGCCGGCCAUGGGAGGAACAGAUGAAGAUACAGCUAUGGUUGUGUCUACCGUGCUAUUUAUGACUGGUGUGACGACUCUAUUGCACACAAAUUUCGGGUCGAGAUUGCCAUUGAUUCAGGGCUCGUCAUUUGUAUAUCUGGCUCCAGCUCUUGCUAUAAUCAAUUCCCCUGAGUUUAUGCGUCUCAAAGGAGAUAGUUUUAAGCACAUAAUGAAGGAGCUCCAGGGAGCUAUAAUAAUAUCUUCUACAUUUCAAGCCUUACUGGGAUAUAGUGGUCUGAUGUCAAUUUUUUUGAGGUUAAUUAAUCCAGUAGUUGUAACUCCAACUGUUGCAGCAGUUGGACUUUCUUUUUUCAGUUAUGGUUUCCCUCAAGUUGGUACCUGUUUGGAGAUUGGUCUCCCUCAGAUAUUGCUGCUCGUUAUUUUCUCUCUUUAUCUGCGUAAGAUAUCUGUUUUUGGCCAUCGGAUAUUUCAAAUUUAUGCGGUUCCGUUGGGUUUGGGCAUUGCAUGGGCCUAUGCCUUCCUUCUGACUGAAGCUGGAGCUUACAGCUAUAAAGGUUGUGAUAUAAAUGUGCCUGCCUCAAAUACUGUAUCUGAUGCUUGCAGAAAGCAUAUUUCUACAAUGAAGAACUGCCGUGUUGAUCUUUCACAUGCAUUCAAAACUUCUCCAUGGUUCAGAUUUCCAUAUCCAUUGCAAUGGGGUACACCUGUUUUUCAUUGGAAGAUGGCCCUUGUGAUGUGCAUAGCAUCCAUUAUUGCUUCUGUCGAUUCAGUUGGAUCUUAUCAUGCAUCAUCAUUGUUGGUGGCGUCAAAGCCUCCAACCCCUGGUGUUGUCAGUAGGGGCAUUGGCCUCGAGGGUCUUACAAGUGUCUUAGCUGGCAUUUGGGGCACAGGAACAGGGUCAACAACCUUAACCGAGAAUGUGCACACCAUUGCAGUUACUAGAAUGGGAAGUCGAAGAUCAGUGGAGCUUGGAGCAUGUGUCCUGAUAGUAUUGUCCCUAGUAGGUAAAGUAGGGGGUUUUAUAGCAUCAAUUCCUCAUGUAAUCGUUGCUGGUUUGCUAUGCUUUAUGUGGGUCAUGCUUGUAGCACUGGGCUUGUCAAAUCUACGUUAUAGUGAGGCAGGGAGCUCUAGAAAUGUGAUCAUAGUUGGGCUCUCUUUGUUUUUGUCGUUGUCAGUACCUGCUUACUUCCAGCAAUAUGGAGUAGUCCCAAAUGCAAAUUCUGCCGUUCCAAGUUAUUUUCAACCGUAUAUAGUGGCAUCUCAUGGACCAUUUCGCAGUAAAAAUGAUGGGGUGAGUUAUGUACUAAACACGUUACUAUCUCUUCACAUGGUUAUUGCAUUUUUGGUAGCAUUUAUUUUGGACAAUACAGUCCCUGGUAGCCGGCAAGAACGUGGGGUUUAUGUCUGGUCUCGAGCAAAAACAGCAAGGAGAGAACCCGACAUGGUCAAGGAUUAUGGGCUCCCCUUUAGAGUGGGAAGAGCCUUUGCAUGGGUGAAGUGGGUCGGCUUAUGAGAGAGUCCCUUGAGCUCCAUUAAGAAGCUCCAUUGAAAUUGUUUUGUUAUCUUCAUGGAUGGCCAUCGGAAAGAAAAUGAACGGAAAAAAGAAGAAAUCAUGGCUUCAAUGUUUAUAUAUUUAUAGUUAUAGAGAGAGAAACAGUCUGGAUUCAUGGUGAAUUAUCCUGAUGAAAUGGGGUUUUUUGUGCUAUGGUAGCUAGUAGCAUUGAGAAUUGAGGUGAGAUGUUUUCUCUAUGGAGGCUGGGAGAUCAGAGAAAAUGGGUUAUCUGUAAAAUAAUUGUACUACUAUGAAGGUUUCUCUUUUUGGGAAUGGACACUGUAAUUUAAAAUGAACUUGAGCUCUUUGUCCUUGGAAUGCAUCAAUGAGUUGUUUUCCUUUAUG